AUGUUCGACAUUAAGAAGCUCGAUGAUGCGUUGAAUGACGCCGGUUACGCCAACACGCUGUUCCAGAGAUGGAAGAGCCACGAUUUCGACGAUGCCAAGGUCUUGGAGAAGUUGAAGAGCAUGGGCAUUUCGAUCAACGAAGAUGCCGAAUGGUUGCUUCAGAGUUACCGCACAUAUCUCAAUUCCCACUCGCUCAAGGGUGAUCCGAAACUACUGUUUGACAGAGCGAAGAUCGAUGAGGCUCUCACGAACGGCAAGUCCACGAAUGCUUUGUUCGGCAAAUGGAAGAGUUACGGAUAUGAAUCUGACGAUGUCUUCAAAAAAUUUCAAACCAUGGGCGUCAGGACGGACGAUAGCCUCUACAAUGUGUACUUGAAAUACCUUGCCUGGCUGAACACCCACCACCCGCUCAAGUACACCAAACCAACCACGGCCGACGAGUUCCUUUUCGACUCCACGAGGAUCAAAAAUGCUAUAUCGGACUCUGUCUUCGCUGAAAAGCUGUUCGCCAAGUGGAAAGGUAGUGGACUCGACGAACGUCCCGUGUACGAUAAAUUAUGGAAAAUGGGCCUCAAGAACGACGAUGACCUCUACCAGCUCUACAGGAGCUACGUUUUCUGGCUCGAUGAACACUUCCCGUUGCCGGCAAAAGCUAGUACUCCGUAG